AUGGCCAAGGUCAUUUUCACAGCUUGGAAGUCCAAGUCUGAACUACUGGACGUGCGGAACGAGUUCUAUCCCACAUCUUCGUUUGAAGGGCCCGAUUUGCGCGCUCAUGGCUGUGCAGUGGUCGAAGCAUGGAAGCUACGAGGCAAUGUGCCGCAUCACGUUGAGGCUACAGCCUUGUUAACGGAUGCCAUUCUCCAUGAUGAUGCGCAGAGCAAUUCCAUCUUCUCUAUUCGGGCAACUUACUCCGCUGCUUUCUGUCGCUUCGUCACUGGGUUGGUGGAUACCAAGAUUCACGGUGUCCGUCGAACAAUGUUCCAACGCGCCAUGGAUCUAGGCUUACCGGCCUCUUUCGUGGAGCUCCGCCACGAAGCAACCCACCGCGAGCCACCGUCCCUGGUCGUCCUGCGCAAGGCUGCGCAGCGCUCGCUAGAGUGGCUUUGGGAUAACUACUGGGCUGACAUUGCUGAUGCAAAUUACGCGCCUGUGUUGGACCACGACGAUGGUGGUUCUGUCAAGGCUACUCUGGAAGAUGUGCUGCAGCCUCUACUCUCUGGCGUUGAUAUGGAUGGGCAGGCUGUUUCUAAGAAGCGGAAACGUGAUUUUGGUGUUUCGGUUGCUAUGCAGAUCGUGUCUAUUUGCAAUGUUUCUGCUGGUGCAGUGAGAGUCUUGGCUGAGGUUUUGCUUGAGAGGGGGGUUUUGGUUCCGGAUGAGAGGAAACUUGGAGAGUCUCUGAAUGACACAUUCCGGGAAUGGGACCCUGUCCUGCAGAGGAUUUCAGAGAGCCAUCCGGCAUUCCUAAGGCAUUUGGUCGAAGAUAUGGCCAACGACCUCGCGUUUAAGAAUCCUGAAGAUGCAGCCGAGAGCCCUUCCUCUGAAGCCAUUUACCUGUGGCUGUCUCAUAUCCUCACACAUUCUUUCUGGGAAUUCCACAGGCAGUCAUGUCCGCAGAGCUAUGUUCUACAAGCUUGCGAUGAGAGUCCACACCACUUUACAAAACUGUUGAGUCGACAUGUAAGAAAGCAGGCUAUUGAGACCAAGAAGUCUCCUGGCUCUCAGUCUGCUUCAAAGAAUCGUGUUUCAAAGAGCAAUUAUAGCAGCCAUGGUACAUCGGGUGCUGCGUCACAGCUUUCGGAGAAGCUGCAGCAGCAUGGUUGGGGAUAUGUGGAGAAGUGGGAUAAUCGACCUCUCGGUAUUGUUUCUAGUAGCUAG